ACAGCUUUAUUCUGGGGUCCUUCGGUGCCGAGGUCAACAGGGUGUCUAUGCAGUAUCUCCUCCAUAUCGUCCUUACACCGGCUGCCUCCAACCUUUGCUAAUCUCACCGGUAGACCGAGUAGCCGUUAUUCUUGACAUAAUGGCAGUUCCUCCAGCAUAUACCGACCUUGGGAAAUUAGCAAAGGAUAUCUUCAACAAAGGAUAUGGUUUUGGAACGAUUAAGCUUGAUGUGAAGACCACGUCUUCAAAUGGAGUGGAAUUUAAAACAUCUGGCACCUCAAACAUAGACACCAGCAAGGUCACUGGCACUCUGGAAACCAAGUAUAAGUUGGCUGAGUAUGGGCUGACCUUUACAGAGAAGUGGACCACGGAAAACACUCUGGGGACAGAAAUCUGUGUUGAGGAUAAGAUCACCAAGGGACUGAAACUUCAAUUUGAAAACACGUUUUCACCCAACACUGGGCAAGUUGGAUUUCAAUUGCAUCUUAUUAAGUGGAGUUUUUGGAAGAAGAGCGGUAAAAUCAAGAUAACAUAUAAACGGGAAUACGUCAACGCUGGAGUCGAUGUGGACUUAGACUUUGCCGGUCCAACUAUCCAUGCAGCGGCGGUGGUUGGAUACGAGGGUUGGCUUGGUGGCUACCAGAUGACCUUUGACUCUGCUAAAUCUAAGAUGGCUCAGAGCAACUUCGCUAUUGGAUACAAGACAGGGGACUUCCAGCUUCACACCAAUAUAAAUGAUGGUUCGGAGUUUGGUGGAUCGAUCUAUCAGAAGGUAAACAAGGACCUGGAGACGGCCGUGAACAUCGCCUGGUCCGCUGGCAGCAAUGGCACUCGCUUCGGAAUUGCUGCUAAAUACCAGUUAGACUCUAGUGCCUCUGUAUCAGCUAAGGUGAAUAAUUCCAGCUUGGUAGGAGUUGGAUACACCCAGACCCUGCGGCCUGGUAUGAAGCUAAACCUCUCGGCAUUAGUGGAUGGGAAGAACAUCAAUGCUGGUGGUCACAAGGUUGGUCUAGGCCUGGAGCUGGAGGCGUAAAGAACCGCUUCACAGUUUCAGAAGAAUAUCAGCAGAUUCUGUGCGCUCAGCGACGGAUAUUUUAACGACGAGGCCAAACAAAGUAGAGUCCCAAGACACAGGCACCUAUCAGAUGGAAACGAGCAUUUCCACCAACCUCCUGUAAUUGUGAUUCAGCCACAUGUAUUUAUUUAUCAGCUACUUUCCCCUUAUGCCAAUUUAUCCCACACAACAGAGAAAUGCCCCAGCUUGUUUAGUUUGACAAUCCAAAAGUGGUUUCAGAACCUUAAUAUUCUGCUGCAAUGUGAUUAUGUAGAAUGUACAACUGAUAUUUUGCACAGUAGAAUAUAUAACUUUUAUUUAAGCUCUUGGUCCUAUUAUCUCUGCAUAUUUUGGUAGAGUUGUACUGCCUGGUGGAAUUUUGCUGCUCCUCACUUAUUUCCAGUAGAACCUUUCAUUGUGGCGUCACAUUUUUUUAGUUUGCCUUUAGUUGCGUGGCAAUGCAAAAGUUUUCCUCAUUGAAUCAAAAUCAAGUUCUCUUCCGUUUUAGAGACGACGCUAAAAGAGCAGUCUGUAUGUUGGCGUGUGUCUACCUGCAAAAUAAAACCUUGAAAUCAGA